AUGCGCGUUUCCCAUGUCCUAGACUCACCGUGGCCUCAUCGCGCUUCACCGAGCUCGGCGCUAUUGGACGCUGCCGGUCAAGGCAGGGCACGAAUAUUGGCCAUCUUCGGCGGCCAGGGCCAUGAUACCUGUCUGGACACUCUCCAGACGCUACAUCAGCUCUAUCAGCCGCUGGUCGCCCCGCUGCUCUGGCGCGCCACAGCCCAUCUCCAGAAUCUGGCCAACCGGGAUGAGUUCCGCACCUAUUAUCCCAAUGGCCUCGAUAUUUUGCGUUGGAUCACCCAGUCCGACCCUGAGGCACGACCCGACGCUUCCUAUCUCAUCUCUGCCCCAGUGAGCUUCCCGCUCGUCGGCCUCUUGCAGCUCACCUGUUUCUAUGCAGUCUCCCGUAUAACGGGAUUAGAACCUUCCCAGCUUAUCAACAUUUUCUCUGCUGCCUCUGGCCAUUCACAAGGUCUUGUAGUGGCCGCAUUCGUCGCUGCAUCCUCAGAUUGGGACUCGUUCCAUUCCCUUUCCACCAAUGCGCUGUCGCUUUUACUCUCUUUGGGUGUGCGCUGUCAACAAGCCUUUUCGCUCGUCUCCCUACCUCCAACCUUGCUGAAGGAUGCUAAAGACCACGGAGAAGGAUCCCCGAGCCCAAUGCUGAGCGUACGCCAUCUGCCGCUCUCCAAAAUCGAAGCACUAGUGGCCCGAGUGAAUGCACAACUGCCUUCGCACGAGGCCAUUGAGAUUGGCCUCCACAAUGGUCCUACAAAUGUUGUCGUGGUCGGGCCUCCCAUGUCGCUGCAUGUCUUGAAUGUUUGUUUGCGCCCUCUCAAAGCUUCGCCCGGUGACGAUCAAGCCCGAGUUCCAUUCAACAAACGAAAAGCGCGAAUCGCAAAUACCUUUCUUCCUGUGUCUGCUCCUUUUCACAGCAGCUACCUGGCUGUAGCAACCCCAAUCAUCCUCCGGGAUGCACAAGAGAUGGGCGUCGAGAUACGUGGUUCUGACCUUGGCUGCGCCGUUUACACAACUACUCCAGAAGCUGAAGACCUGCGCAGUCGCGGUUGCCAGAACAUAGUACCCGAGCUCGUUCGAUUAGUCACCGAGGAACCACUACAUUGGUCCCCUGUCUGCUCCAUUCCGAACCCCACCCAUGUGCUCGAUUUCGGCCCUGGACGUGGCGCUAGUGGCGCCGGCGGCCUUGUGCAUGCCAUCAGCCACGGCAAAGGAGUCCGUAUAAUUCUUGCCACAGAGCUGAACGGCCGGAGUUUCAACUUUGGAGGAACAGCCGAAAUUGUACAGAGACAUCUGGUGGUUGAGCCUUCUUGGGCACAGCAGUACGCUCCUCGCAUAAUACGCACAGCGGGUGCUCGCACCAUGGUGAGUACCAAGAUGAGCAGGCUGCUGGGUCUGCCUCCUGUCAUGGUCGCUGGAAUGACUCCCACGACCUGCAGUGUAGACUUUGUGGCGGCAACGAUGAAUGCUGGGUACCACAUCGAAUUCGCUCUUGGUGGUUAUCAUGAUCCCACUUCACUUGAAGCCGCACUUCGAAAGGUGACUGAUAAGGUCUCCUCAGGACGUGGUAUUACCUGCAACUUGAUCUACGCAAACCCCGCGGCGCUGCGCUGGCAGAUUCCCCUCCUCCAACGCUUGAGUUCCGAAGAGGGCCUUCCCAUUGAUGGCUUGACCUUUGGCGCCGGCGUGGCAUCGUUGGAUGUGGCGAAUGGCUAUAUCCAAACAUUUCCUGGUCUCAAACACAUCAGUUUCAAGCCUGGCAACCUCAAUGCCAUACAGAAGGUCCUGGAAAUCGCCAAAGCAAACCCCCACUUUCCCAUCAUUCUCCAAUGGACAGGUGGACGAGGGGGUGGCCAUCAUUCAUUCGAGGAUUUUCACGAGCCCAUCAAGCGCAUGUACGGCGCCAUCCGUAGAUGUAAAAACAUCGUGCUCAUUGCUGGCAGCGGCAUGGGAGAUGUCGACAGUUCUUUCCCUUACCUCACCGGCGAAUGGUCGCGCAAGUUACACCUUCCCUUGAUGCCCUUCGAUGGUGUUUUACUCGGCAGCCGAGUGAUGGUCGCGAAGGAGACUCAAACCAGUCCAGCUGUCAAACAUGCCAUUGUUGCGGCUCAGGGCGUGGAUGACUCCGAGUGGACGAGGACCUACGACGGUCCUGCUGGCGGAGUUAUUACUGUCGUCUCUGAGAUGGGCGAACCCAUCCACAAGCUGGCAACUGAUGGUGUGCUUCUUUGGGCUGAACUGGACAAGACAGUCUUUAACAUCUCGGAAAAGUCCAAGAGGAUGCAGGUGCUCAAGGAGAAACGGAAUUACAUCAUCAGCCGUUUGAAUGCCGACUCUCACAAAGUCUGGUUUGGAUGGAGCAAAACAAAGGGGACAGCGGUAGGCGUUGAUGAGAUGACCUACGGUGAAGUUAUUCUGAGGUUAGUUGCAUUGACCUACGUCCGUCAUCGACAAGGAUGGCUCGAUGAGUCUUUUCGAACGUUAGUGCACGACUUCAUUUACCACGUUGCAUCUCGUUUCGUUACGCAUACCCCCCAGGCGCCUACGAUUCCAAGCCAUGCCGACCUAGAUGAUCCAGAGGCUUGCAUAGAAUGUUUAUUUGCUAAGUUCCCCUCAAUGAACGCACAUCUCAUGAGUUACCAAGACGUUCAGUUCUUUCUUGCCUUGUGCCGACGGAAAGGGCAGAAGCCUGUUCCAUUCGUCCCUGUCCUGGAUGAGCAUUUUGAGACAUGGUUCAAGAAGGACUCCCUUUGGCAAUCAGAGAAUCUGGAAUCUGUCGUCGAUCAAGACGUGCGCCGUGUCUGUAUUCUACAAGGUCCCGUCGCGGUCCGCCACUCAACUAAGGUUGACGAGCCCAUCAAAGAUAUCUUGGAUAAUCUUAAUCAUAGCUACAUUGAAAGGCUGCUCGAAAUCCAAGAGUAUGUGCCGUUUGUCGAGUGCUUCGGCCUUCCUGAGAAGCACUACCUGGAACGACGAGUAGCUGGAAUCAUUGGCAACUUGGGUGAUUGGCGGCAAGCCUUCUUCACCAGCAACGUGCUUCUGCAAGGCAGCCACGUGGUCGAGAACCCAAUCCGACGAAUACUCAAGGGUGGGCGAACAGUGUUUUCUGAUGCCGAUCUGAAUCGUGUUCACCUUUUCAGGGUGCAGGAUGAUUCGGUUCAGAAUGUUCAGGUCGAGCUCUUUGCUGACAACAUAAUUGAACUUCGUAUGCUUGGGAACCUCUCGGCGGACAAGGUUAGCGCGGAACUCUUACUCAAAUUUCGCUACAUCCCAGAAACUGGUUACGCUCCGAUACACGAGAUAAUGGACGGCCGCAAUGAACGCAUUCGGGAUUUUUACCGCCAGGUUUGGCUCGGAACAAGAUCAACGGAGAAACACUCCAUUCGCGACGAGCUUUUUCAAGCACCAGAAAAAAUCACCUCCGAGAGUUUGAAGCAGUUCCACCAGGCCUUGGAAUGCCCUGAAAUGCGUUUGGGCGACCAUCUGCAAGCCCCGAUGGAUUACGCCAUGGUAGCUGCCUGGAAACCACUUGUUGAGCCUCUCCUCGCGCAUGACCUGGCUGGCGAUUUGCUCAACCUCGUACACCUUUCUAACGGCUUCCAUGUCACUCCAGGAGUCCGACCUUUGGCAGAAGGUGACGUUGUGGAAACAAGGUCACGCGUCACAGCAGUCGUCAUACAAGCAUCUGGGAAGAUGGUUGAGGUGACGGCACACAUUCUGCGUGAAGGUCAAAUCGUCAUGGAGAUCCGCAGCCAAUUUCUUAUCCGUGGAAACUAUACUGACCACGCAUGCUGCUUCCGGAUUGCAGAGGCCGCCCCUGUUGAGUUGCAGAUCAAAUCAGCGAGCCAACUCCAAGUGCUUCUUGCAAAAGACUGGUUACAAUUGGACGAGUCCUGCGUUGAAAUGCUACACGUGGGCGCGAAGCUGAUCUUCAAGCUGCAAACACAUCAGCUUUCAGACGAGAUCAGCGUUUCCGGACAUGUGGAAGCCCUAAUAUCGCUUGGGGAAGGUGUUCAAGUUGCAACCGUUCGUCACGUAGGAGCAUUGGCCAAGGGAAAUCCCAUACUAAGCUACCUCAAGCGUCACGGCCAACUUGAACAGUCUCCAGUCACAUUUGCCAACCCGAUUCCUCUCCAGGAACUGAUGCUUCAAGUUCCGACGUCCAACAGAGACUAUGCAGUAGCAUCCGGCGACCUUAAUCCCAUCCAUCUGUCACCAGCUCUCUCACAGUAUCUUGGUUUGCCGGGCACCAUUACCCACGGCAUGCAAACAAGUGCACGUGUCCGGCUUCUGGUUGAGCGUCAUUUGUGCUUUUCGGACUAUUCGAGGUUCAAGUCGUUCCACUGCUCAUUUCUUGGAAUGGUUCUUCCGGGGGAUAAGAUCAAGGUUCUCUGCGAACAGGUUGGCAUGAAACGCGGCCGCAAGAUUAUUAAGAUCAAAGCGGUGAAGGAGGAGUCAGAUGAGGCAGUGCUCACCGGCGAAGCAGAGGUCGAAGUUGAAAAGACGGCAUUUGUCUUUACAGGGCAAGGCAGCCAACGUGUCGGCAUGGGCAUGGAUCUCUACGCCACGAGCGAGGCAGCCCGCGAAGUAUGGGAUCGAGCGGACCAGCAUUUUUGGAACCAGUACGGCUUUCUGAUUACAGAUAUCGUCAAGAAUAAUCCGAAGGAGCACAUUAUUCGAUUCGGUGGCCAGCAUGGUCGGAAGGUGCGUCAGCAGUAUAUGGACCUUGCUUUCCUGGACAUUGCCCCUGAUGGCACGUCUUCAAAGCGACGGGUGUUCCCGGAUCUUGACGAGACCUCGACUUCCCUCACCUUCUCGAGCCCAGGGGGUCUCCUUUCUGCAACGCAAUUCACGCAACCGGCACUGACGCUGAUGGAGAUUGCUACUUUCCGAGACAUGCAAGCCCGCGGCGUAGUCUCUGACGAAAGCUAUUUCGCCGGCCAUUCACUUGGCGAGUAUUCGGCACUGAGCGCCGUAGUCGACAUCGCUGCCAUCGAGGAAUUGAUGUCGGUCGUCUUCUACCGUGGGCUCACGAUGCAGUACGGUAUCAAACGAGACAAAGCAGGACGCUCAGACUUCGCCAUGGUUGCGGUGAAUCCAAGCCGUGUGCCAGAUUUCGACGGCACUACGCUCAAUCUUCUUGUGCAAGAGAUUGCGGCGGCCACGUCACUAUUGCUUGAAGUAGUGAAUCAUAACGUCGAAGGUCAACAAUACAUCUGCGCUGGCCAGCACCGCGCUCUCAAGUGCCUAGGCGAUAUUCUCGACUCAGCACACGCCGACCGCUCCAUCCGCCUUCGCACCCUCGCCCAGCAGCAACAAGACCAGCCAUUCUUCCACCAUGUCAUCGACACAGCCCUUUCCCAGCAACAGCAGCAGAGCACCCCAACAACCUCGCCCCUCGAGCGCGGAAAAGCCACAAUCCCGCUCCCAGGUAUCGACGUACCCUUCCACAGCUCAUACCUGCGCGCAGGCGUCGCGCCCUUCCGGCACCACCUCUCGCGCUCCAUCCGGCGCGGAGCAGUCGACGUGGAGAAGCUACGCGGGCGCUACGUGCCAAAUUUGACGGCGCGCCCGUUUGAGGUGUCGCGCAGCUACUUGGAGGAUGUGUGGAAGCUGACGGGGUCGGGGGUCAUGGAGGGGAUAUUGGAGCGCUGGGACGAGUUGGAAGCGUGGAAGCCUGGGGUUGGGGCGGAGCGGCCGGUGAUUGGUGGGGAUGCUGGCGUUGUAUAGAUUUUUCUUUCUUUUGCUUUGGUCUUCUGGUAGGUAAGACUUUCGUGUGUUAAUCUUGUAGUCUUUGUCAUUCCUUGCAUACAUAGGCGCGGGGCGUUUGAUAGAUAGCAUCAUGUAUCCUAC